AUGCCGACGCUCGGCAGCCAACUGCGUUUGCGCCUUGAAGCGCUCGCGCUGGACCGGCCGCGCGCGCGGCGCGCCGCCGCGCUCGCCGGCGUGUCCUACGUCGCCUGGCGCCUGCUCCCGCGCCUGCGGCGCCUCUACCGCGCCACGGUCGACUGGCGGGACCCCGUGCUGCCCCGGGACCUGCGGGCGCUCCGGGUCCCCCUCGCCGCCGCGGACGUCGAGGACGAGAUCCGGGAAAAGCGCGCCGUCGUCGACGGCGCCGCGCGGGAGGUCGCCUGGGCGGCGCCCGGCCGGCGGACGCGGACGGCGCUCGCCGUCGUCUACGUGCACGGCUGGGGCGCCUGCCGCCAGGAGAUCGCGCCGACGCCCCAGCUGCUGGCCAGGGCCCUGGGCGCGAACCUCUACUGCCACCGCCUCUCGGGCCACGGCCGGCGCCGGGCCGCCGCGCCGGCGACGGACCCGCCGAGCGGCGACAUCCUCCUCGCGGAGGCGACGCCGCGGCGCCUCUUCCUCGACGCGCUCGAGGCCUUCCGCGUGGGCCUGGCGCUCGGGGACCGCGUCGUCGUCGUCGGCGUGUCCACGGGCGGCGGCCUCGCGACGUGGCUCGCCGCGCGCGUCGCCGACGAGCCCGAGGGCGACCGCCUCGCGGCGCUCGUGUUGGUGAGCCCCUGCUACGGCCUGGGCCACCCGCUCUACCCCUUCCUCAAGAAGCCCUUCACGUUCCUGCGCCUCGUGCCCUUCGGUCUAGCGCCGCCGCUCCGCGCGUGGCUCCUCGCCGCGCUCAUGGGCCGGGAGAAGCGGUCGCCUGCGGUCUCGCCGGACCACGCGCGCUACAACGCGCUCGCGUACCCGCACCCGGCCCUGCUCCAUUUGGUGGACGUGCUCUACGGCCUCGAGGGUCUGGACGUGUCGCGCGCGCGCGCGCCGACGUUCCUCGUCGCGAACCACGGCGACGCCGUCAUCGACUUCGGCCGCGCGGCGCGCGUCUUCGAGGCGCUCGGCGCCGCGCUCCCGAGCGCGCCGCCCAAGGUCAUGGUCGCCUGCCCGAGCGACGCGCACCCCCACGUCCUCGCGAGCCAGAUGCUGUCGCCGAACACGGUCGACGGCGUCCUCGACGCGGCGAUCCUCUUCGUCCGCGCGCACACGGGCCGCGACGCGGGCCUCCGGCGCAAGGCGGCGCCGAGCCGCCCGCCGUCCUUCGGCUCCGUGACGGGCCUCGACGCGCUCAUGCGGCCGUUCCCCUUCUGA